AUCCAUUACUUAAAUGUGAGUGUUUGAGCAGUCUUAUCACAGAAGUCCUUGCUCUGUUUCGUGUUUGUGUUUUGCGUAGACAGAUGGCGUUGACUUCUGCUUUGGAAAAUACCAAUGCAAGAAUGGCUGUUACUUUUGGGGGCAAAAAUAAGACCAAGACAAUGGAUUCUGAGCACUCAGAGGAUUUCUAUGAACCUUUAACUGAACAUCAGGGCGAGAGGAGUAGAAUCUCCAAGAAAUAUGUUGUCUACACUAUUUUCGCAUCUCUGAACCAACUCCUUCUUGGCUACAAUGUUGGAGUGAUGAGCGGGGCAAUCAUAUUCAUACAAGAGGAUUUGAAGAUAACUGACGUUCAACAAGAGAUUCUUGUUGGAAUCUUUGGCUUUGUUUCUCUAUUGGGCAGUGUGGUCGGCGGAAAAACAUCAGAUUUAAUUGGUAGAAAGUGGACAUUGGCCUUAGCUGCUCUGCUCCUUCAACUUGGCUCAACUAUCAUGGCAGUUGCAACUUCGUUCCAAAUAUUGAUCCUAGGAAGACUCCUGAGCGGGGUUGGCAUGGGCUUAGCAGUCAUGAUUGCUCCAAUGUAUAUUGCAGAGAUAUCACCAGCUGAUGCUAGAGGCUUGCUUACGUCAUUCCCGGAGGUUUUCGUAAAUGUAGGAAUCUUGCUCGGAUAUGUCUCAAAUUAUGCAUUUUCUGGUCUUUCGGUCCACAUAAACUGGAAGAUAAUGCUGGGUCUAGGGAUUUUGCCUUCACUCUUCAUUUGGUUUGCACUAUUCAUCAUCCCUGAAUCACCAAGGUGGUUGGUAAUGCAAAACAGUGUAGAAGAAGCAAGAUCAGUGCUGCUAAAAACAGGUGAAAAUGAAGCAGAUGUGGAAGAGAGACUCAUGGAAAUACAAGAAGCUGCUGGAAUUAGUGAUGAUGUAGAUAAGUACGCUGAAAGAUCCGUUCUGCGUGAACUGUUAAUUCCUUCUACUUCUGUCAGAAGGAUGCUAGUUGUUGGACUUGGAAUCCAAGCAUUCCAGCAGGUAACGGGAAUAGAUGCAGUUAUGUAUUAUAGCCCUGAAAUUUUCAAGGAUGCUGGUAUUGAGAGUAACUCAAAACUUCUUGCUGUAACUGUUGCUGUGGGUGUCUCAAAAGCUGCCUUUGUAUGGGUUUCAACAUUUCUCACAGACAAACUUGGGAGAAAGCCCCUGCUCUAUGUGUGCACAAUUGGAAUGACUUUAUCUCUGUCUACAAUGGGCUUUACUCUUGCUCUACUGGGAAAAGGGCAGGUUGUGAUUGCAUUGGCAAUUUUAUGUGUUUGUGGUUAUGUUGCAUUCUUUUCUCUGGGACUGGGGCCUCUUUGUUCGGUUGUGACAUCAGAAGUGUUCCCCUUGAGGUUGCGUGCUCAAGCAUCUGCUCUCGCAGCAGUAGUUAAUAGACUGUGCAGUGCCUUUGUUGCCAUGUCUUUCCUCUCCCUUGCACAAAAAGUUACAGUUAGCGGAGCAUUCUUCAUCUAUGCUGCGCUGUCGGUUCUUUCUGUUCUUUUUGUUCACACCCUUGUUCCAGAGACUAAAGGAAAAUCAUUGGAGCAAGUUGAGUUAUUAUUUCAAGAUCAAACGGACUGUCGUGGAAGCAAAAUGGAAAAGGGAGAUUCGUCUGAGCAUCUAGUUCGAAAAGCAAUAGUAAUUGGUGCUUAGGAAGUCCUCUUUUACACAAAAAGGGGUGCAUUUCAUAUGAUUUGGUGUAUUAUGAAGCUAAGCAUUUUAUGUUUUCGAAAAGUUAUAGGCAUGCAAGAACUGGAUUGUGAAGGAAAUUCUUCGUGCUGUCAGCCUUCGAUUAUCUGAAAUUCA